AUGGCUGCCCCGGGAGACCAAAGAAUCGCCGUACCCAUCGACGACCCCAACGCAGACACCGAGUGGAACGAAAUCCUCCGGAAACAUGGCGUCAUCCCCGAGAAACCCCCCAGCCCGACACCCAUGAUCGAGGAGGCCAUCCUCGAGGGCCGCCGGUUAGCGCACGAGAACAGGUUAGAGGGCAAGGAUCUGGACGAGCUCGACGAGCUGGAGGACGACGAAGAUGAGGCGUUCUUGGAGCAGUACCGUCAGCGCAGGAUGCAAGAGCUCAAUGCGCUCACGAAGAAAGCCCUCCACGGCACCGUCUACCCGAUCUCGAAGCCCGAAUACCAGCGCGAAGUUACCGACGCGUCGAAGAACGGCCCGGUCUUUGUCAACUUGACGUCAUCUCUGGGAACGAAUGUCGAGUCGAGAGUUUUGUCGGAGCUCUGGAGACAGGCGGCGACGGAGUAUGGCGACAUCAAGUUCUGCGAAAUGCGCGCGGACAAGGCCAUCGAGAACUACCCCGAACGCAACUGCCCGACGAUCUUGGUAUACAAGGACGGCGAUAUUGUGAAGCAGAUUGUCACUCUGGUGCAACACGGCGGCGUCAAGAUCAACAUGCUGCAGAUUGACAACCUCUUGGUUGAGGUUGGCGCAGUCAAGGACUCGGACAUGCGUGUGGUCAAGCGGCGCAGACAGGCCGAGGACGAAGAGGAGGAGAGGGCCAUGGGCAAAGGAAUCAGACAAGGAACCGUAUCGAAGUCAAAAGGCGACUCUGAUGACGAGGACUGGGACUGA